UUCUGCACGUGCAUCCAAGGCCCCGGCUGACAACACGGGCACAGUCACAGCUUCAUACACAACUGGCGCAAUUAUCAAACAACCUAGCUGAUACGGAGAAUCUUCUACGUAUGACGAGCGUGCAGGCGGAGGCCAUGCGCGGGCUGGGAAGUUGGCAUGGUGGGCUAUUCAUGGCUGCAAGUAAGGUACUUGGGGAGGAGAGUGUGAAGGAGGCUGGGAAUUGAAUGGGUGGAUGCGCUCUGUAGAGCUGAUUAUUCCGCGACUAUGGCAUUGGAGCUGCGGAAACUAUCAUGGUCGUUGCUGUCCACGGCUACAGAAGCCUCGACAAUCUAUCUUCGAUUGACCACCAAGGCAACCUCUGUCUUUGCCUCGUUUGAAAUCCGCGCCAAUUCCACUAUUCCCUUGGCAGCCGUUGAAUCAAUCCGGGAGCAUGCUCAUCAGCCCGGGUGCUUGUACAGGACUUGUGCAGUAUCCUGCAUGUCGCCUCGGUUGAGGGAUCGGCGUGUUGGAUGUGCAGAGCAGGUCAUCUGCCGCAUAGACCAUUGGCUAUGCACCAGAAGUCGUGCCAUGGGGCAUCCUCAAUGUGAGUAGCGCGGCGCAUCUUCUCCUUGAUGGCGUAUUGGCAAUACUGAUACAA